AUGGCUUCAGCAGAUGAACGUAAUUCGAGGACCAUUCACACGGCAGCGUGCUUGAUCAUCGGCGAUGAGGUCCUCGGCGGCAAGACUGUGGAUACAAAUUCUGCCUACAUGGCGAAGUGGUGCUUCUCUCUCGGUCUCAGCCUGAAGCGUGUCGAAGUCAUCGAGGACGACGAAUCCGAGAUAAUCGAAGCUGUCCGCCGCAUGAGCGAUCGUUAUGAUUUCGUGGUCACCAGCGGCGGCAUCGGCCCGACUCACGACGACAUCACUUACGAGUCCAUCGGCAAAGCCUUCAGCCUCCCUCUGAUCCUGAACGAGGACGCCUACGCUCGCAUGAAGAAGCUCUCCAAGCCCCAUCCCUCGCAGCCCGACUUUAGCUGGGACGUCGACUCGCCCGCCCGCCAGGCCAAGCUGCGCAUGGUCAUCCUCCCCACCGACGAGGCGCGCGACCAGAGCAAGCAGUUCCUCUUCCCGCACGAGGACCUCUGGGUCCCCGUCAACGUCGUCAACGGCAACGUCCACAUCCUGCCUGGCGUUCCGAGACUCUUCGAAAAGCUACUUGACGGACUCAAGCCGGUCCUGGUGCCCCGCCUGACGGACCCCGAGGGCAAGGGUCUCGCCCGCGUGCUCAUCUCCACGCCGCUCGCCGAGAGCGCCGUCGCCGGCUUCCUCACGCAGUUCGCGGCCAAGGUGGGACCAAAGGGCGUCAAGGUCGGCAGCUAUCCGCGCUGGGAGCAGAAUGGCACCGUCACACUCGUCGGCAGGGACCAAGCAUACAUCGAGAGCCUCGUGGCUGAGGUCGAGGAGGGCGUGCAGGGCAAGCGCGUCGCGCUGGAGGGGGAGGAUGACGUUGCGGGAGGCAAGAAACCUCUCGAAUAG